AUGCUAAGAAGACAAGUACGUGAAAGGAAGGAGUAUAUUUAUAGGAAAGCUAAGGAAGAGCAGGAGAGAACUAUCCAUGAAAAGAAGAAGAAAUUAAAGGCAGCCAUAGACUCGGGCAAGCCAAUCCCAACAGAAUUAAGAAAGGAAGAAGCAGAACUACGUAAAGAGCUUGAAUUUGAUGAUAGAAAUACCGAUAAAUAUAUAGAAGAUCGUGAUGAUGAAUAUAAAUGGGCUGGCGUAAAUGAUCCAAGUAUAAUGAUCACAACAUCUCAUGAACCUAGUUCAAAAUUAAAGCAAUUCGCGAAGGAAAUGAAAUUAAUAUUUCCAAAUUGUCAACGAAUGAAUCGCGGUAAUCAUGUACUGAGCGAACUAAUUCAAGCCUGCAGAGCGAAUAAUGUGACUGAUUUAAUUAUUGUACAUGAACACAGAGGUCAACCAGAUGGUAUGAUUGUAUCUCAUCUUCCUUACGGUCCAACGGCUUAUUUUACUCUAUCUAAUGUUGUAAUGAGACACGAUAUUGAAAACAUUGGUCCUAUGUCUGAAGCCUAUCCACAUCUAAUCUUUCAUAAAUUUUCAUCUAAACUUGGCUUAAGGGUUAAAAAUAUAUUACGGUACCUAUUUCCAGUUCCAAAAGAAAGCACACGACGAAUUAUCACCUUUGCAAAUGAUGAUGAUUUUAUCUCUUUUAGACAUCACGUUUACAAAAGAGCCGAAGGCAAUAUCGAGUUAAUGGAAGUUGGUCCAAGAUUUGAAAUGAAACUACUGAAUAAUUGUGCAUUUCUUGGUUUUUUUAUAGUCUUUGCAAUAAGAUUAGGCACUAUCGACGAAGAAAAUACAGCAGAUGUUGAAUGGAAAAUUAGGCCGUAUCUUAAUACUGCCAAAAAAAGAAAAUGGUUGGAAAGCUCAGAUAGUUAA